AUGCAAGGAAGCUCAAACCCCUCGUGCGUCAACCCCAACCUGGCGCUGUCCGUACCCGGCGCCGAUGAGCCGCCGGCGCGCCGCAUUGUGGCGGCCCACCGGCUCCCCCUCCGUGUGGCGCCGGACCCGGAGUCGCCGUUCGGCUUCGCCUUCUCCCUGGACCCCGACGCGCACCCGCUCCAGCUCUCGCGCGGCCUCCCCGCGCCCGUCACCUUCAUCGGCACCCUGCCCGCCUCGGCCAUCAUCCCCUCCGACGAGCUCGACGACUACCUCAUGGAGAACUUCUCCUGCCUCCCGGUGCACCUCGACGGCGAACGCCACACUGGGUUCUAUUACGGCUUCUGCAAGCACUACCUGUGGCCGCUGCUCCACCACCUGCUCCCGCUCGCGUCAGCCGAGCUCCGCUUCGACGGCGCGGCGUACAGAGCCUUUAUCUCGGCGAACAGGCGCUUCGCGGACCGCGUGAUCGAGGUGCUGUCGCCGGACGACGGCGAUCUCGUCAUCGUCCACGACUACCACCUGUGGGUGCUCCCCACAUUCCUCCGCCGAAAGUGCCCACGCGCCAGCGUCGGGUUUUUCCUCCACUCGCCGUUCCCCUCCGCCGAGUUCUUCCGCACCAUCCCCGUCCGCGAGGACCUCCUCCGUGCCCUCCUCAACGCUGACCUCGUCGGCUUCCACACCUUCGAGUACGUGCGCCACUUCCUGUCCUCCUGCUCCCGCCUCCUCGGCAUCUCCAACCGCACCUGCCGCGGUCACAUCAGCAUCAACUACCACGGCCGGACCGUGCUGGUCAAGGUCCUCUCCGUCGGCGUCGACAUGGAGCAGCUCCGCGCCGCGCUGACCUCGCCGGAGGCCGCCGCCAAGGCCAAGGAGAUCGCCGAGGCGUAUCGCGGCCGCAAGCUCAUGGUCGGCGUCGACGAUGUCGACCUCUUCAAGGGCAUCAACCUGAAACUCAUGGCGCUGGAGAAGCUGCUCGAGACGAGCGCGGACAUGCGCGACAAGGUGGUGCUCGUCCAGAUCAACAACCCCGCGCGCAGCCGCGGCUGCAACGUCGACGGCGUCCGCGAUGAGACGCAGCAGAUACAGCAGCGCAUCAACACGCGAUUCGGCCACGGGACGAAGUACCAGCCGGCGGUCAUGAUCGACGGGCCGUUGCCCAUGUGCGAGAAGGUAGCCUACUACGCCGCCGCCGACUGCUGCGUCGUCAGCGCCGUGCGCGACGGGCUCAACCGAAUCCCCUACUUCUACACGGUGUCCCGUGAGGAGGGCCCCGCCGCAGCAGCGGACGGUGACGCAGCGGCGCAGAGGACCAGCGCCGUCGUCCUGUCAGAGUUCGCCGGCUGUUCGCCGUCGCUGAGCGGCGCGAUCCACGUCAACCCGUGGAACGUGGAUGCCAUGGCGGAGGCCAUGAACACCGCCCUCACCAUGCGCACCGAGGACAAGCAGGCGAGGCACAGGAGGAACUACAACUACCUGAGCGCGCACGGCGUCGCCACCUGGGCGCGCUCGUUCGACGCGAGCCUUCAGCUCGCCUGCAAGGGCCGCUCGACGAUGAGGUUCAUCGGCGUCGGGUUCGGGAUGAGCUACCGCGUUGUCGCAGUCGACACGAGCUUCAAGAAGCUCCAGCCUGAGCACGUCUGCCCGGCGUACCGCGCCGCGGCGCGCAGGCUGAUUCUGCUUGACUACGACGGGACAAUGGUGCCCGGUGUGUUGAAUGAAAAGCAUAUGGCGCCGAAUGGUGAGGUCAUUGAUCUUCUCAGUGAACUGUGCUCUGAUCCAAAGAACGUCGUCUUCCUCGUCAGCGGCCGCGGUAAGGAUCAACUGGCAGAAUGGUUUUCUCCAUGUGAGAAGCUCGGCAUAUCUGCAGAACAUGGCUACUUCACAAGGUGGAGCAGGGAUGAUCCAUGGGAGUCGAUCAAGCUGGUGUCGGGCUUUGGAUGGAAGGAGACAGCUGAGCCAAUGAUGAGGCACUACACAGAGGCCACCGAUGGCUCCUACAUUGAGAACAAAGAAUCAGCAAUGGUGUGGCACUACCAGAACGCCGAUCCAUGCCUUGGACCCUGCCAAGCCAAAGAACUCCACGACCACCUCGUGGACGUGCUCGCCCAGGAGCCGGUGUCCGUGACGACGGGCAGCGAGAUCGUCGAAGUGAAUCCUCAGGGCGUGACCAAAGGUUUCGCGGUGGAGGGCCUGCUCACCGCCAUGGCGCGCCGCGGAGGCCCGCCGGACCUCGUCGUGUGCGUGGGGGACGGCCAGUCGGACGAGGACAUGUUCGAGACCCUCGCGAGGGCGAUGAACGACGACAGCGACAAGCCGCGUCUGCUCCCCGCGGGCGCGAGUGUCUUCUCGUGCACCGUCGGGUACAAGCCGAGCUCGGCGAGAUUCUACCUCGACGAUCCCGUGGACGUUCUGGCCAUGCUCCGUGGCCUGGCCAACUGCUCCGACGCGGCCUCGGCUCCCCAGCCGCCGGGCACGUUUGACAUCUUCAGUCUGAUGGGUGAACUGUCUCACAUUACCUUUGUUGAGCUUGAGCUGACCAAAGUUUGUCCAGCUGCGUUGGCUCGAUGGAGGAAGGAGAGCGUGUCCCUGUUCCAGGUCAAGGAGAAGCCUGCUGCGAAUGUCUCUGCUGCCGAUUCAGAAUUCAGAGCUAGUAUAGCACUGAGCAGAGUCACAAAUGGGCCUGCCGGCCAGUGA